AAAUUAAACAAAAAAAAUAGAUAUUGAUUUGACAAUCGCAGCGCUAAUCUCUGCAUUUGAAGUUCUCUCCAAUUCACAAGCUACACCACCCGCCACUCCGUCCUCCGCCGCUGCUGGUGGCAGAGGAGACCGAAAAUCAAACCCCAUAAGUAGUUAAGUUAUAGCAAUUGGCGGUUUUCGAGGUUUCUACACGAUUCAUUCCGGCGUAUUUGCUCACUUUUUAAAACCUCCAUGGAAAAUGAAUCGCCGGAGAUGAGAAGGAGAGAACUGGAGAAAAUAGUACUGGAGAAAGUCGGACACGUCAUCUCCGCCGUCGAUGAUGCAAAGCACGUGGACCAAGUUAUAAUAGCUCUUUACUCUCUCGCCGUCUGCCUUUUCCCCCUAAACCCCAGUCAUAUUUCAGGUAGCCUUGACGAGAAAUAUCGAGAGGAGUUAUGUGCUUUGGAGGUUCCGAAUGAAGACGAGAAAACUCAAUGGUGGAGUGUUUUCUACAGAGGGUCUCCAUUCCGUGCUUUUGCAAGAGUUCUUUUAUAUGAUGUUGCUUCCAAUUGGAUAGCCUGCUUUACAGCUUCUGUGAGGAAACAUGUAUAUGAUGUGUUCUUCUUAAAUGGUUGUGCUUCUGAGGUUGUUCAAGCGGUGGUUCCUUGUCUACAAUUUAAUGGAAGUGGCGGUCACGACUCAAGUGCUGUGUGCUUGAAUGCUGAGAGAUUACUUGUGCUUUGCCUGCUGGAGAAUGACCUUUUGAUUCAGAUGACAAGAGAAUUUGCUGGUGGUUAUCAAUUUGAAGAUCUUAGCCGUGAACAACUGAAGCAGGCUAUUUCUGGGGUCUCACAGCUUAUUACAUCUAUCCCAGACAAAGCAAGAAGGGGAUCUCCACCUUCACUUUCCGCACAUUUGUUCUUCAAAAGACUUGCAACCCAACUUCUGCAUGGAGCAGAGGAAUGGGAUUUGAAGUUGGUUGAUAAGUCAGCUGGUGCAAAUGAAAUCCAUAUGGAUGGCACUAUUCUUUUUGUUGGACAGGCAUUUUCCCGAAUCUGUCGGCGAGGGUCUGCUGAUGUGCUGUUGAGUGAAGUGAUUCGGCAGAUCCUUGGGCAUGUUAGAAGUGUUUUAUCAUCAACCUCUGGUCUAGCCGUUAGUGAAAUAUUCGAGUCGAAACCUGGUUCCCGUUUCUGGUUGAAGAUCAUGGAAGCAGUAAAUGAUUCCCAUUCUGUAGAAAGAAUAGCUGAAGAACUAUUGCAUCAGCUAGCUGCUCAAAAUGUUAAUGAUGUUGAGGGUUACUGGAUUUUAUGGAUUCUUUUUGGUCGGAGCUAUAAGCGCCAAACUUCAAUCAGGUUCACUUUUGUGGAAAAGUUUUUACUCUGGAAAGUAUUUCCUACCAGUUGCUUAAGAUGGAUUAUUCACUUUGCUGUGCUUGAAUGCGCCCCUGAUAGUGCUUCGUUAAAAUCUUAUAACGCUGAUGGUCUGUCGGACUCUGUGAACCGCCUUGUUGUAGCAUGGUCUCGAAAAGAGUUUAUGCAAUCAUCUCCAACUGAGCAGCAAGCUUAUGUAACUGCUGCUUUAGGACUUUGCCUGGAGAAGAUGUCUAAGAAAGAUCUAGAUGCAACGAAAGAUGCUCUGCACUCAAUUCUUCAGGGAAUUAGUUGUAGGUUGGAGAGCCCUAUAUAUUUGAUCCGAAGAAUGGCGAGCACUAUCGCUUUGGUAUUUUCCAGGAUAAUAGACCCUCAAAAUCCGUUAUAUCUCGACGAUAGUUGUCAGGAAGAAACCAUUGACUGGAACUUUGGGUUUGGAAACCGCAGAGAAGUGCCUGUAACGAAAGCACUUGACAAUGAAAAGACUGACGAAAAAGAAUGCCCGUCUACCAUAGAAUCAGGAAAAGAAAUUAAAAGGAGGGAAAAUAAUGGGGUUGGUAAAAUCUCAAAAGCUGGAAAAAAAGAGACUGCGUUCAAUUUAAUUGACCCAGAUGAGGUUAUUGAUCCGGCAACACUAAAUAUUGAAUCCACCAUUGAUGAAGAUGAGAGUGAUGCAAGUGAGGAUUCCGACACUUCAAGCAACUCGUCGUUGCAACCAUAUGACUUGACAGAUGAUGAUGCAGAUCUGAAAAGAAAAUUCUCACAGUUAGUUGAUGUGGUUGGAGCACUUAGAAAACCGGACGAUGUUGAGGGUGUUGAGAAGGCCCUUGAUGUUGCUGAGAAACUCAUUCGGGCAUCACCAGACGAGCUUAAAUACAUAGCAGGUGAUCUAGCUAAAGCUCUCGUACAGGUUCGUUGCUCUGAAGCCACUGUCGAAGGAGAAGAAGAAUCAGCGGAAGAAAAACGAGAAAAGGCGCUCGUGGCAUUACUUGUCACAUCCCCUAUUGAAUCUCUCGAUAGUUUGCACAAACUUCUUUAUUCACCCAACGUAGACAUGAGUCAGAGGGUAAUGGUUCUGGAUGUAAUGAUCGAUUCAGCUAAAGAGCUUGCCAGUGCUAGAGUAUUAAAAUCAGAACACCGACCGACGCCCCUUGUAUCAUCCAUUUCCGACGAACCAUGGUUUGUGCCAAGAAAUAUUGGUCCUAUAGGAGCAGGGUCCUGGAAGGAAAUCUCAUCGACAGAAACUCCGUUGAACUGGUCUUAUUCGUAUGAGAGAGAAUUACCGUCCAAAGCAGGUAAGAUAAAGAGGGGAAAGACGCGUCGAUGGAGCACUCGAUCGGCGAUGCAGGGUAUUCAGAUAGAGCGGUCUCAAAAUAACUUUCCUCAAUAUGCUGCGGCUUUUAUGCUCCCAGCUAUGCAAGGAUAUGAUAAAAAGAGACACGGUGUUGAUUUAUUGGGAAGGGAUUUUGUUGUACUGGGAAAACUUAUAUAUAUGCUCGGUAUUUGUAUGAAAUGUGCGGCUAUGCAUCCGGAAGCUUCUGUUUUGGCAUCCCCUCUUUUGGAUAUGUUAAGAUCCAGGGAGAUAUUUCAGCAUGCAGAAGCAUAUGUGAGAAGGUCUGUCCUUUUUGCAGCCUCGUGUGUUUUAAUGGCACUUCAUCCCUCGUAUGUUGCAUCUGCGGUGGUCGAAGGGAAUAUUGGAAUCUCUGAAGGGCUCGAGUGGAUUCGCACGUGGGCGCUGCGGGUGGCUGAGUCAGAUACAGACAGCGAAUGUAACACGCUGGCGAUGGCAUGUCUCCAACUACAUGCGGAGAUGGCUCUUCAAGCUUCUCGAGCGCUUGAAUCCUCGUCAACAACUAACGCAAAGAGCAUUUCUUUGUUCCCAAAUGUUUCGAAAAAUAGAUCAAUAAAGAUUUCCUACUUAAAUUCCUAGAUCUUGGGUAUUUUCGUUCAUGUAUAUAUUCAUCCAUACUCUUUAGCCCUUGUCCUUUUUAUCAUGUACAGUCUCUCUCGACCAUAGCUGGCUUAUAUUCUCAAUGGACAGACACAGUUCACGAUCUAAAUGUAUUUGACUCUUUAAAUUUCACAUCGGUUUGGUCUAAAUAACUUGAGAUGGAGAAAUGAUAAAUCUCGAACAGAAUUUUGAAUUCAUAAUAGCAAAUCGAGUCAACUUUGCUUACAAA